AUGACAGCUCGAGUGCUUUUGCCGACCAAGCUGGGGUUCAAGGUGGAGCCGAUCGACUUCGUCCCCAUCCACCUGAGUAGGGCAGGGCUGGCCUCGUUCUUUCUCAACCCCAAGUCACCCGUGGAGGCCGACGAGAACGCGAUAGGGGAGGAGGAGCUACGGCAGUUCGUGGGGAGUUUCGGAGGUAUCUACAAGGAGGACGAUCUAUGUUCCACCUGCACUCCGCGAGACAUCGACAGACACAUGCAGGAAGUGACGGGGAGCGAUCACGUGUCCUCUAUCUUCUCCUCCACUGUCUUGCAGUCGGUGGUCAGGACGGAGGAGGCGCUUGAGGCUCUCAGGGAGGCGGAGAGGAGGUUCGGGGUCGAGAGCAAGGCUCACCUGUGCAAGCUGGUGGAGACGCGGUAUUCCUUCGACGUGGAGGAGGAGGGGUGUAUCUCUUGCACAGUCUACGCGAGGAUGUGCAUGCGGCGCCUGCUCGACAGCUUCAGGUCUUCAUGGCACAAGAUCGGAGAGUUCAAGGCGGACGGGAAGCCGGUCCAGACUCUGUCCUCCAACAUGGUUGAGGUGUCGCUACUGGCAUGCUGCAGGCCAGAGGAGGGGGAGUUGCUGUUUCUGGAGACGCACACGAAGAAGGGGAAGGAGAGGGAAUGUGUACAUACAAGGAUGGUGUGCUUUAAGCAGGAGAGGAUAAGCAUGUUUGGGAACCUCCUCAAGAAGGAUGGUCAAAGUUUUCAGUUCGAGUAUGUGCAGCGAAGAGUGGGAGAUCUUGACGAGGUCGAUGAGAUGGCGUGA